CACAGCAGAGCUAAGAUGGCUGGCAUCGUACUCGAAAGUAUCGCGGCCUGUCGUCGGGCAACCUACUGUCUUCGUUUCCUGCGCGUAAACCAAAGUCCCUACGUAAUGUGUCCACCGCUGACCAUAUUGCAGCAUCAGGGCUGGAGGCACAUUAGCUCCGAUGGUCCCGGCGAUAAGAAUGGUAAAGAUCAACUGCCUCCGAUGAAGACCAUUCAGCUGGGUCAGGGUCAGUUGGGCAAGAACUCUGACGGUACGGAGGCGACAGCUUCACCUCCCGAUCCUAAGGAUAAACCUGCGGAGAAGCGAACAGAGUUGCCUUUUGAGGUUAGACCGGAGAUACCCAUGGAGGUUCAGCCGAAUCGCAUUCAACCCGCGCCCUUGGAGAUAAAGCCGCCCAAUCCGCACCCUAUCAUUUGCACCUCAGACUCUGAGACUUUUGACUAUGAGGCGACAAGUGUUGUAGACCCCAGCAUAGAAUCUGAAGCAAAAUCGUACGAUUCCUCAUCAAAUGAGUUAAUACCCCCGCCAGUAGUCAACUUAAUGGAUGACCAAACCCCAUCUUCAACAACGACUGGAUUAGAUGAGUCUAUUGAUUCUCCUUUCAUUUCCAUUGAAUGUGAUCUGAACUAUCCGUCGAUGGCCGUAAAUGAAUAUACAAAUUCCAGAUAUCAAGCGCCUUCUAUAGUCACAUCAAAGCUGACAUCCCAUGACUCUUCUGUUGAACCAAACGACCCUAAUACGGAAACCAGGUUAGAUAUAGAGCCUCAGAUUUCACCCAUACCCGAAGCCAGUGGAGAUGAUUCCAAGCGCAAGUAUAUGGCACCUGGAUCAGUUGCGUCUUUGGACCUUAAGGUUAAACCGGAGGAAAGGAAAUCGAAUUUACAAUCUAGCCCUUCGGCAGACAUCUCAGAACAAAGCUCUUGGACAGAAACAACGGCAGUCGAUUCUGGGUGGUCUCAGGCCUCUAGUUUUGGUUUUCCUGGGGAAGGCAAGAUCGCUGAGCAAGAAGCUAAGGUCGACCUGACAAUCUACAGCAAGGCCAAUGACGGUUAUGGCAGUGAAUUUGGUCAUGUUUUUGGAACGGAUAAGGAGCAAAAAAGGCCUUCAAAAGCAGAUACAAUCAAAGAAAAUGUUGUGGAUAAUGCGGUAAUUGAUCAAUGGGUCGACAAAUUCAAGCGUUUAUAUAUGGCGGAAAAUGCUGCUUUCGGACUGAACAACGAAAAUCAAGUUCGUGCCUCAAGCGAUGUAAAAAAUUCUUCAGUUUCCAAAGAUGACAACGAUAGAAAUCGAUUGCAGAAUAUGGUGAUGAAAGAUAACAAGUGGGUUUUUGGAAACAAGAAUGCCGCCGAACCUAGUUCUUUCAAAACUGCUAAGAGUAGUCCCAAUGAUCAAAAGAAUGAAAUGCCUAUGCAGACUAUAGUAAUAAAUGAGUCGGUUUUCAAGAAAAAGGAUACCGCAGAAGUUAAAACUUCCACAGCUGAAAAGAGUAGCCUCCAAUUUGAAAAGGAUAAAAAUCGUUUGCACAAUAUGGUAAUGAAAGAUAAUAAGUGGGUUUUCGGAAACAAAACUGAUAAGAGUAUUAGAGAUGAAAAGAAGGAAAAGCCCAUGCAGAAUAUACUGAUUAAAGAUAAUGAGGCUGUUUUCAAGAAAAAGGAUGCUGUAGAAGCUAUUUCGUCUACAAUUAAUAAGAGUCAGCCGGGAGCUACCCUGCCAUUGAAAAUAGAGGCAAAACUUAAAGCUCCAAACGAUAAAAAGGAUACAAAUCCUGAGAUCCCAAAAGUAAAUAAAGAUAAUAAGACUGAUUUUAAGAGCAAAGAUACUGUAGAAAAAGUAUCAACCCCCUUUGAUCCUCUCUCAUUGGCAAAUAGUAGAAGUAGCCAUGAAGGUGACUAUCCACUAGACAUAGAUUUAAAGCCUAAACCCCCUAGUUAUAAAAAGGAAGAAAAGCGUAAGCAUAGUCAUAUUGAGAAGAAAGAUGCUGCAGGAAAAGAAUCAGCCCCCUCUAAUCCAGUUGUAUCUAAAACUAGCCCUGGUGGCACCUUCCCAGUAAAUCAAGAGGCGGUGAAUCAAUCAAGCAAGGAUAAAAAGGAUGCAAAACCUAUGAUGCCUAUAGAGAAAAAAGAUAGUGUCACGGUUCUCAAGAAUAAGGACAUUGCAGGGCCCAUAUCACCGUCCCCUAAACCGACUUUGUCUUUCGACCCUGAAGGAACAUUGCCACUGAAAAUAAUUGGCAACCCUGAUGCACCCACAGAGUUUAAGGAAUCGAAGAAAGAUUUACCGGACUCUGAUAAGGAUACCUCAGCAGCCUCUCAAACGCCCGUACAGCUUAUCCUCAGCCAGCCAGCUGCAGUAGGAAAGUCAGAAGCCGAAAUUACGGGAUCUUCUACUGACGACUCUCAAAAAAGCACUGAAGAGAUCUCCUCAUCGUUUGACUUUAAAUCCGACUCGAAGGCAGAUGAUGACAACAAACUCCAAUCAUCCAUAGAUUUGCUAGACAAAGACCAAGAGAAGCCUUCCAGCAAAACCACCGAGGAAAUCGUUGCAAUGUUUGAGGACGAUUACAGUGAUUAUCUUAAAAGGGCGGAAGAUGACGAAAACUUAGAUGGCAGGACUAUGUCUGAAUCCAUAAAGAGUAUGUCUCUUAACGCUGAUGAUGAUGCCCCAAAUAAUGAUGAAAAGUUUGAUCAAAUUCGAGCGGAAAAAAAAGCCGACGAUUACUUCACAGAGAUGAGUCAAGCAGAUGUCCUGGGCACGUCUGGAUCGGGAUCUCUCAACAAGGACGAUGCUACCCCAAAAGAUGAUGAUAAGCUUGAUCAAAUUCGAGCGGAAAAAAAAGCCGACGAUUACUUCACAGAGAUGAGUCAAGCAGAUGUCCUGGGCACGUCUGGAUCGGGAUCUCUCAACAAGGACGAUGGUACCCCAAAAGAUGAUGAUAAGCUUGAUCAAAUCCGUGCGGAAAAAAAAGCCGACGAUUACUUCACAGAGAUGAGUCAAGCAGAUGUCCUGGGCACGUCUGCAUCGGGAUCUCUGAACAACGAAGAUGCUGCCCCAAAAGAUGAUGAUAAGCUUGAUCAAAUCCGUGCGGAAAAAAAACCCGACGAUUACUUCACAGAGAUGAGUCAAGCAGAUGUCCUGGGCACGUCUGGAUCGGGAUCUCUCAACAAGGACGAAGCUCCAAAUAAUGAUGAAAAGCUUGAUCAAAUCCGAGCGGAAAAAGAAGCCGAUGAUUAUUUCUCAGAAAUAAUGGAUUUUGAGGAAUCAAUCAAUGCUGAACAAAAGCAUCCAAUUAUUAGCAGCUCAGUUGAUAUGGAGGAUAGCAAAACGGAUAUGACAUUUGAAUCAACAAAUUUAAAUUUAGCCGAAACGGCUUCGUCCUUUGUUAAAGCUUCCAAUGAAUCAGAUUCUAGCGAAAUAGAAUCAAGAGAAAUAGAUCAAGAGAAUAUGUCCUCUACCGAUGAAAUCAAUAGUAUUCUGCAAGAUACCGAACAGAGUGACAAAAGCCAGACAGAAACCACAUCAUUGUUACCUAAUGAUCUGUACGAUCCAUUAUCCGAAGAGGUACCAUCUCCUGUACCACUGCAAGCGGCUGAGCUGGAGGAAAGCGAAGACAUGAAUCCCGAUCCAGAAGGUUCAGAUGUCAAAAAGGAUCACAGAACGGUGCCGACACCCCCAUCAAGGGAGGAAAGCAAAACCAAGGAAAAGCCAGCGAAGAAGGAAAAACCACAAUUGGAACAAGGCGAGCUGGCCAUGAAGUUGCUAGACAAAGAUUCGGCUGAGAUUCCAGCGAGGGAGGUGCCAUCUCCAGCGAAGGAGAUGCUGUCUCCAGCGACUGAUAAGCCGACGUCAGCGGCAAAGAUGCCGCCGUCACCGGCCAAGAAGCCGUCGCCAGCGGAGAAGAUGCCAUUGUCAGCGGAGAAAAUUCCUGGUUUAGGGUCGGAUUCACGACCGCCAGGAGAGAAGAGUCUCAUUCAGAAACUUUUUGAGAAGAUCCUGGGCGGCCGGGGUAAGAAUGAUGGCAAGCGUCAAAUGUCCACCUACACGGUUCGACGACAAUUAAGCUCCAGCUGUACUGUCGAAAUUCCGCCAAGUUGCUUCCCAAGUGAAGCGAAGGACUUUAGGCAGGAAAGUCCUGUACAAACCUUGAAUUUGGGGGAGAAUCAAGAGCUUCAGCCCAACCAUGAGGUGAUCCUGCAGGAAGCGGAUGUGAUGCUCUUUGCCAAGAAAACAGAGGAUCUUACGGAAAUUAAGGGUGGCUCCCCCUCUUGCUUAUCGCCGAAAAAAUCGCCACGCGAGCUUAUGAAAGAGAAGCAGAACAGCAAGAAGAUCACAAUCCUUGGCGGAUCUGAGGAGUGUGCCAAGAAAAUGAAGCAUCUUAAGGAGCUAACUAAGAAAACUGAUGAUGAAGACUGUGAAAGGGAUCACUUUAGCAUAUCGCAAUUUUGCAGUCAGCUCCGUCUCUCUAUAUUUUCAGGUUCCCCGAAGAGCUAUACGAAAUAGCAGUCUGGCGCUUCAGUAAGAUAUGGACUGGUCUACACUCUAUCCUCCACCAACUGGACACUGGAAUGGAAUUAAUAAUGCGUUCGAUAUGAUACCACCGAAAAACUCUGAUCGAUGGUACCUAGUUGCCUAAAUUGUUCCUGAUUUUGAAUGCCUACAAUAUUUUGUUCUUUUAAGAAUGCUAAAAAUUCUUAUUUUACCGUAAUAAAAUGAUUAAUUCUAAAACCAGUAA